AUGAACGGUACUAGCGCCGCCGGUGCCCCCGGUAGCAACGAUGAUCGUCGAGACGGCGGCGCUGGCGAUGAUGAAGAAAAUCGGCUGGUGGCAGAAGAUGAGGAGAUUCAGGCCGCACUUGCGGAACUGAUACGGGUUAGAAACACCCGUGGUGAUGCAACAAAUACCCAUGACGGUAGAAAUGGCCCCGGCUGUCCUGCUCGUCGUAGUCGCCGUGGUAAUUCUGGCCGUCGUGGUGGUCGUGGAGGUAAGUUCUGA